AUGGCAGCACGAAAUUCCUACUACCAGCCAGGAGCCUUCAGAAGCAAUCAAUUUCCGGAGACGAACAGGCAUGCUGAGCUGGCACGCCUCGCUGCAAAGCUAAAGGACCUAUUUGAGCGAGAGAAGUUUACGGAUGUGGUUUUUGAGGCUGCUGAUGGGACCAAGAUCCGUGCGCACCGCAACAUUGUAACAUUAUGGUCGACAGUGCUGGAGUCGAUGCUAGAGGAUGCAGCGGAUGAGAGGGAUCAGGUGUUCAAGCUGGCGGAUGUGGAUGGUCACACCAUGAGGCUGCUCCUCGCCUUCAUGUACGGCUUCGACAUGACUCCCAAUGUAGCUGCUCUCAAGCAACAUGGGCUUCCACUGCUGGAAGCGGCACAUAAGUUUGAUGUUGCUGAUCUGGCAGACAAGCUGGACCGGCAGCUAGCGGCAAUCGAUGUGGAAGAGCGCUCCCUCCUGCGAGUGUUGAAGGCUGUUGACCGUGUUGGGGCGGAACGGACAAAGCAGGCCAUCAUCCAUCAUAUUAAUCAUUUCAUGGAUUUCAGGAAGAGCCAAAAACUCAUCAAGGGUAUGGGUGAAAGCAGUGACACGCAUGACCGACUUUUGGCGUCUGAGAUUUCUAGAUCCGUCAAAUACAAGUUCAGUGAAUGA